UCUAAACCUCAUUCAAUGCUAAGAGAGAAACAACCCCAUCGGUAGGAACACAGACCAUCUCGUUCUGUUUUAUUUCUGAAGUUGCGUCUGGUGGUAUUUGAUUAUCUGAAUGGAUUCGUGACUUGCAAAACCUGUAACUUUAUCCGAGCUUGCUAGCAAACUUAGCUAACAAGCCAACUGUAAGGUUUUUCCGUCUCGGCGCCUGCUCCAGCAUUUUGCCGAGCCCGCACCUGCCCAUCUUGUCUUGUCACCAUGGCUACCAGUGAGGGUGUGCGUCUGCGGGUCUUUUCUCUUAACUGCUGGGGUAUCCGUUAUCUCAGUAAGCACUGUGUGGAGCGAUUCGUCAUGAUUGCAGAGAAGCUGAACAGAGAGGACUAUGACAUUGUCCUGCUGCAGGAGGUUUGGAGUGAGCAAGACGUCUUGUACCUGAGGAAGACCCUCGCCAGCACUUACCCACAUUCCCAUCACUUCAAAAGUGGAGUCAUAGGGAGUGGCCUGUCGGUGUUCUCCAAGCAUCGUAUCCAUGACGCCUUCCUGUAUCGGUUCUCUCUCAACGGCUAUCCAUACAUGGCCCAGCAUGGAGACUGGUUUGGAGGGAAGGCGGUGGGAAUGGUGCAGAUGAAGAUCAGUGGGCUGAUGGCUCAUGUCUACGUCACACACCUUCAUGCCGAGUACUGCAGAGAGAAGGAUGGCUACCUGCCCCACCGUGUGGUACAGGCCUGGGAGCUUCAACACUUCAUCCGGCACACCUCAAGAGGAGCUGACCUGGUGAUUGUGGGAGGGGACUUCAACAUGCACGCUCAGGACCUGGGCUUCCGGCUGGUCCGAGCCUAUACAGGCCUCAGGGACUGCUACACAGAGACCGACAGCUUUGACGGAUGUGAGAAUGGCCUCACACUCAUUGCCAAAAACCCCUUCAUCAACGAGAAAGAGCUUGGUCCAUUCGAGAAGGGCAUACGUAUAGACUACAUUCUCUUCAAGGGAUCCAAUGGUGUAGCAGUAAAGUGUGAGUCGUUAAGCACCACCCAGGGCUCCUACCCAGGCCGGGCCUUCCCCCUGUCUGACCACGAGGCCCUGAGCACCCAGCUCCUGCUCCUGCCUUCUGGUACCUCAGCCGAACGCCAGGGGGAGCCAGAGAGCCAGGACGAGGAGGACACAGGCAGGCUGGCCGAGCUGGUGGACCUGGUGACGGAGGCACGGACGGAGGUGAAGGUGGGCGUGCACUGUGCCCAGCGGAAGCGCUACGGCGCGGCGCGGACGGGCGCCAUGGGGCUGGCACUGCUGCUGCUGGAGCUGGCCAUAGCGGCGGUGCCCUGGCUGGCGGCGGCGGCCGCGGUGGCAGAGCAGCCCUUCCCGCGCGGCUCCUUCUACCUGUUGGGGGCGCUGUGCUUCUGUCUGCUGCUCUGCUCCGCCGUGCUCUGGGUCUUUCACAGCACGGAGCUCAAGGCCCUGCAGGGCGCCGACGACCAGAUGAGGAUCGCCAACGCCAGCCUGCAGGAGGAGCUGAAGAGCCGCUCGCCAAACAGUAAGACGCGCCUCCACCCCACCAACAACACCACCACCACCACCACCCACGGGGCCUCGGCAGAAAGCCAGGCCGGCGACCCCACAUGCAAGGAGGAGUGACAUGGACUGAUGGGUAAACCGGAAAAAAAAACGGAACAUGGUUUGAGGACCAGGGCACCUACCCACAACCUUCAACCCUUAACCUCUCUGCUGAAUCAAUUUUAGGCUAUGUGCCCACACACCACCACCACCACCACCACCACCCAUGGGGCCUCGACUGAGAGCCUGGCUGGCGACCCCACCUGCAAGGAGUAGUGACUGCGUCGUCUGCAGGUGCCGGGAGUAAACCGGGGGAGAAAAAAAAACGAAUGUGGUUUAAGGACCAGUUUAAGGACAACCUUCAACCCCCCACCUCUCUGCUGAAUCAAUUUUAGACUGAAUCACAUCCCUGAGGACAUCCCUGGGGCCAAGGCGACAUACCUAACCACAAGGAGUGUCAACUGAAAGAAGUAUAACGUGCUUUACGGACCAGCACACCUUCCCUCCACCCUCCACCCUUUCUACUGAAUCAGUUUACACUGAAUCACUGAAUCACUGAAUCCACGCUGACUCUGCAGACAGUCAGGGCGGCCACCUCACCCCACCCAGAAGGAUUAGACCGCAGAUACUGGUGUUCUGUUGCGAUGACCUGCUUGGUGAAGAUACUGAACUACCAAUUCAGAAAGCCUUUCAACAUAGCUAUGAUCUAAACCAAGGGUGAGCAGCCUUUUUCAUUGGAAGGGCCACUUAAAAUGUGAUAAAAGUCCUCCGAGGGCCGUACUAUGAGCACAAACCAGGAUUUCCCCCUGCGCUAGUAUUUUGAAGACGGCUACCUUUACAACAGACCCCACCUUAACUAGGUCCCCUGAAAAUAUGACUUAUUUGUAUCACAAAUGUAAUUUCAAAGAUAGCUUUACAAAACAUGUCAUAUGAGAAACUGCAUAACAUUGAAAUUAUAUUGGGGGCCCGAUCAUGGGUGGGGAACGUAUGGAUAGGGGAACGUUUACGGCCCUUGAGGCCAUCUUAUCCGGCCCCGAACCAUAGGUUCCCCACCCCAUGAACUAAACCCUGACCCUCACCUCUUGGAGGAGUUACUGCAGUGUGUUGUAAUGGCUUGGUAGCUCAAACUUCAAAAGGUGAGAGGUGCGUGCAAAUCCGAAAAAAGAUUUGGUGCAGGAUAUAAAAGGAUAUAAAAGAACACACAAGAAAGUGAAGAAAUAUCCGCACACCACAAAAGCUUUCUUGUCAUGAUUUAACAAGUGAAAAAUUGGCAACAACGUUUCGACUUGUAAGGUCUUCGUCAGGUGACUGAGCUAAAGAGCGGAUAUUUCUUCCUCUUUCUUGGUACAGGUAGUUAAUCUUGACGAGUAGCUCAUGGCGGCAUAACCGUGGCAUUAAGUAGGGACACGUGAGGGGUUUCUAGCAUCAGCACGCCUACCCACAAUCCUCAACCGUUCUACCUAAUCAGUAUAGACUGAAUCAUAUCCAUGGUUGCUGCCUCUGCCGAGGGAGCCUGGGAUACCAGUUAAUUGAUAUAAUUGGUCUUAUCAUUCUCGGACCCUUGACUUUCCUUUUUUUCCAUGCUGCAUUGUGUCUCAGGAUUCUAGAGGGACCAACUUUUUUCCUGAACCUGUGCUUUGAGCAGGGUGACUUUUUUAUUGAAUGAAUGAGCUGAAUGCCGUAGCGUCUGAGAGACUGACUGCACCAUAAAUGAGCCUCCUUCUCAGGAAUCAUGUUAUGUGUGAUUGUACCAUGACGACAGAAGCAAUGCAGGCUGUGGUAGUUGACCUUUCUCUUAACGUCUCUUCAUGUCUUCCUGAAUGUAGCCCUGCAGGACAGUGGCUUACACACACACACACACACACGUCUCCUUCCUUUUUUAAUCUCUUGUGUCUUUGCCUGCUUUCCCCUCCUUAACAUGUUUUUUUUCUUACCUGCCCAUUUCUUUCAAGCACUUACUCCUCGUAAUGACAGGACUCAGCGCCCCCACCCCAUACUUCAUUACGUCACAAAAUCUCUGGCUUUCAUGUACUGUAUAUUUAUCCCCCCCUCCCCCCUUCUCCACCUGUGCUGUCUGCACCACUUUUAGUCAUGCUCUGUGACUGUGACUGCUGUCAAUGAUCUUUCCUAGGAAGUUUUAACAGUCCUCCUGUAAAUUCCCCGGUUUUAAGUGCAGUGUGUGUAAUCGUCUGGCUUGUACACAUACCGCUUUAUAUACUAUUUAUAUUCAUAUUUGACAGUUAAUUUCAACCCCCAUUGCCAAUAGUAUGAGGAGCAAUACAAUCUUCUAAAGCAUGUCAUAGCAGAGGUGUCAGAAGUAAAAGUAAAAAAUAACAAGCAGUUUCCUUGCAAUGCAGGUAACUUAUCUGGGUAACCAGUAGACCAGUGUACUUGUCUUACGAUCAGCUGACUCCCAUCAAAUUUGUGGUGGUUUUUGUUCUUUUUUUCCCUCAUGUUUUUCGGUAACAACACAGUGUACCUAGCUACCUCAUUCGGUACAACAGAGUAACUAGUGUAACCACUAUGUAAUAUCAUGUGCUGGUUUUGUACUUGCAUCAUGAAUUUACUUUAACUUUUACUUCUGACACCUCAGCAUUAUAGAUGUUGAGUUCCCCAUGACCCCAUAGUUGCUACGUUUCGGUUUACAUGACGUUUUUAAAUCCGAAUUGCUAAUUCAGAACUAAAUAGUUGCUUCGAAUUUGCUUUGGUCUUUCCUUUAAUUCGGAAUUAAGAGGUGUUUACAUGACGUUUUCAAAGAGGAAUUAAGCUUUAUUCAGAAUUAAAUAGAGUUCAUUCCGAAUUCUCAUGUAAAUGUAACCAUUGAUUGGCAUGACAUGGAUGAAUGAGUAUGAGGAUGAAAAUUAGUGGAACACAAAACUCAUUUGUAUACACUGUACUGAAUGUGUUGUUCGACCCAUCACAGUUUGAGGAGUUGUGGUAUCACUGGUGUAUUGGGAUUAAAUGUGUUCCAAAUUAUUAUCCAAAAAAACAAAAUGCUGUUAUCUUCUUGAAGGUUUGUUCAAUAACAUUUCAAUUGUACUGUAGCAGAUUAUGACUGUUAUUUAGGAAAAUUGGUGGAAAAUAUGUUAUAUAUUUGCAUAAUAACGGUAGUUUUUCAUAACUGUCUUUCUAACAAGGGGAGGGAGGGCUUAAUGGUAGAAAAUUCUUUGAACAUGGCUGAUACAAACUUGUGACUGAAAGCAAAAACUUAAAGCAAAAACAUCCCAGAUAUCAAGAUACCUCGAUUAAUUACUUUUCCUUUUUUUCUUGUCCCAGAUUCUUUGUUUUUAAAUCACUGAUGAUGUGUAUUUAAUUUUACUGUACGUGUAACGUGUUUUUAAGAGUUUCUGUACAAUAUUAUCAUAAUAAUAAAAUAACAUUUUUUUUGUGCAUACAUUUAUGCUUUUGAAUGAACACUGCCUUUUGACCAUCCUCCAGUUCAAUACCUACAGCAGAAAACCAAACAAAAAAGGAAAAAUAAAUGGGACUUAACACA